AUGGGGUGUUUUAAAAUCCCUGUUACUACUAUCCAACAUUUAGAGUCUUUGCAGAGGAAUUUUUGGUGGGGUCAUAAAGCUAACAAAGGCAUAAAUUUCAUUGCUUGGUCUAAUUUCCAAAAGCCUAAAGAUCUGGGAGGUUUAGGUUUUAGAAAUCUGGAAACUUUUAAUAGAGCUCUUAUUAGUAAGAUUGCUUGGAAAAUUUGUUCUAACUCAGAUGACCUUUGCACUCAGAUCCUAGAAGCUAAAUACUUUAGAGAUAUAAACCCUCUCCAUAUUGACAAACUAAGUGAUAGUAGCUCAUGGGUUUGGAAAGGGAUAUAUAGACAGAUACAAACCAUUAAAGAGAAUAGCUUUCGGUCUGUAAGAUGUGGUACUAAGAUUAGAAUCUGGCUUGAUAAAUGGGUUAUUGGGAUUGAUCACCCUCCUGAUCCAGCUGCUAAUAUUAUUGUUCCUUCUUCUCUGUUUUUUGUGUCUGACUUGUUUUUACCAGGUACUAUGAUAUGGAAUGCUCAGCUGAGAAAAGGUAUGUUCACUGUCAAGAGUGCCUAUAAAGUUCUUAGCAGUAACACUAGUGAACCUGUGCGUAACUUUCAAAUUGGAACUGAGAUUUGGAAGUGUCUGUGGCAAUGUAAGAUUCCAUACAAAGUCAAAAAAUUUGCGUGGAAAUGUCUUAAAGACAUUCUCCCAACUAGGGACAAACAGUGUAGCAGAAUUAGUGUAGCAGAAUUAGUAGCCAAAAAAGCUAGAGUAUCUGGUACUAGUUUUGAACACUCAGAUGACAUUCUAGCCUGUAAUUUAUCCUCUUAA